UGCACUUGAAGAAAAAAAGAGAGUACUUGAAUUUCCAGGGAGUCUUUAUCACAUUGAUGCUAGUUCAGAUGGACAAGUUGAAUGCAUAACUUGGACAACAACUGAGCAAAUAAUGCUCCUGCAAAAAUUUCCAGAUGUAAUAAUGAUGGAUGGCACUUAUAAGGUAAAUAAUCUCUCAAUGCCUCUAUACACACUUGCUGUAGUAGAUCAACACGGAAUGGGGCGACCUGUAGAACAGUCAAUAGUGUAUCGUGAAGAUCAAGCUCAUCUCAGAAUGUUUCUGAUACGAUCACAAGAAUGGGCUGGUUUUAAUACAUUUUUAACUUCCAUUUUUGUUAUUGAUAAGGCUCAAGCUGAAAUCUCAGUGUUGCAGGCUAUUUUCCCAGAUAACCGUAUUUUGCUUUGUCGAUUUCAUGUAUCCAAAGCAUUUGUACAUAAAAUAAAAAAAAGUAAUUUAAUAAGUAAUGACAAAGAAUCUUUAUAUAAGGCUACAAAAAGGUUAUUAUAUGGUAACCAGCAAACAUGUAAUGAAGCUUUGUUAAAUAUACAAGAGACCUUUCCAGAGUUUUAUACAUACUUAACAAAUAACUGGUUGAUGAUGGCUGACAUGUUCAUGGGCUACCGCAGAAAAGGUCUACUCCACAUUGAUAAUCACACCAAUAACAGAUUGGAACGGUAUCACAGAACUUUAAAAGAUGUUGGUUUGACAUCGCGUAUGUCACCAGGUAAUCUUAUUAGCAAAAUAAUAAAGGUAAAUAGAGUUCAACUUGAAAAAUCAAAACAUGCUGAUUUUGAUCAACGUCUUAAAAUAAAUACUAAACUUCCUGAAUGUUUAAAAUUUUAUGCUCAUACAAUCUCAUCGUUCAUUUUACAACAUAUGGUUGAACAGUAUAAUUUAAGUCAAAAGGAAGGAUAUAAAAUAAUAUAA